AAAAGAGGAAAUGUUGUGUUAGAAUAAACAAGCACCAGCCUCCAUCUUUACUGAGCCGUCUGAUCAGGUUUCAUUUGAUCCAUCAGCAGGUUCAAACCUGCCUCCUCCUCCUGUCACUCAACCAUGAGACUGUUUUGAAUUCAGAUGUGGAGGAAGUAUUUCAGCUGCUGUCGCCCUCAGGGCUGAUGAUGAAUCUCUGGAGGUGGGUCUUUGUUGUCUCUGUGUUGGCACCAUUUUGUUUCCUGUUACCUCUGGACUCUGUGCCGAGUUACUGAGCAACAAGAACAACCGGUAACAGGUUUAAUUAGCAGCGUUCUCAGAUGAGUCAUAAUGAUGAUAAUAACUUUAUUUAUGGAACUUUUCUUAAUAGAGUUACAACAUGGUAAAACCAGAUAAAAGAAAAGUCCAAAGCACCUGAGCAACAUAAAAACAUCUCAAAUCAUCAUUAUGAAAAAAGAUCGGACAGUCAAAGACAUAAAAUAUAAAAAAACAAUAUUAAUGAAACACGUAUCAGACGUCACCAGAGGCUGAGACAAAGAAACGUGUUUGAAGAAGAGAUUUAAAGGAAGUUAAAAGCCUUAAAUAUAUUUAUAAACAUCAUUUAUAUAUGGAAAUUACAUGUUACUUUGUGUAUGGGAGGAUUUAAUGUCAGAAAGGCCAGAGUCAGGAGGCCGCUAGGAUCCGUGGGCUGUAGACGAAUAAAUAACUGGGUGUCAUCAACAUAGAAAUGAUCAUAGACGACAAGAUGAAACAGUUCAGAGACUGAAUAUGAAAUAUAAAUAAAACAGAUAAAAACAUUAAUGCAUUCAAAGCAGGAAGAGACAUUUUACUGCAUCAGAAUCAGUUUAUAGUUACUACUUAUAGUUAUUACUAUAUUAUUAUAUUGAUAAUAUAAAGUUCUGGACCUCUGAUUAUGAACUGAAUCCUCCUGCACUGUUUCAGCUCAGAACAAGAUGAUUUAUGUCGUGGGAUGUUCAGUGUCUUGUCUCAGAGGUUUUCUACCUGUGGUCUGCCGCCCUCUGCUGGUCUGAGAGAGGUACUGCAGGUGUUCAAUAAUGUAGUUUCACUGUGGGAAUCACUUUUAUUUUUAACACAUGUCCAUGUUUAAAUAAUUGUUUUAAGGAUGAUAAAAUUCAUGUAUAAUUAUAAAAGGUAGAAAAAGUGACUUUUUAGGUCACAUUAAAGGUCUGUCCUCCUAAUUAAUUACCGUAACGUUGCCGGAAAGUGAUUGCUGUUGUUGGAAUCUGCUUCAGGUCACGGUGAAGCUGACACCAUAGCAACAGUAACUAAGAGGGGAGGGGUCUUAGGGAAGGCUCUGUUCAUCCCAAACGAGCUUUCCUGUGCCCGCGAGAUGAGAGGAGAUCGCGAGAAUUUAAAGUGGCGCCAACAGACAGGGCCGAGGCAGGACGUCGGCCGGGACCACAACAAGAACGGGACAAUGGAGCAGAACCAGGACUUCUGUGAUACCUCGAUUAAAGAGGAGAAGCAGGACCUGGAUCUCGAGGAGCAGGACUACAAGACUGCGAUGAAGGAGGAGGACCGGGCCCCGGAUCCAGUCGACCAGCACCACUGCAAUGGCGGGAUUAAGGAGGAGAGUUUUAUCGAGCAGGACCACAAGACCGAGAUCAAAGAGGAGAACCAGGACCCGUAUUUCUCCAACCAGGACCAGGACAAAACCGAGACAAAGGAGGAGAACCAGAACCAGGACGAGGACCACCAGAGCACCGAGCGCGCUGGUCCCAACGGUCGGCAGAAACGGAGACUCCCAAGGACUCGUCAGAUCAGACGUCCCCAAAUUUCACAGUUACCUCGCCAGCGUACGCAAAGGUCUGCAAGGAAGAGGAAGUUCCCAGAUGACGGCGAGAAGGACGGGAGUGAUUCGGAGGGCGAGAACAAUGAAGACAACCUUUUAGAUUAUGAUGAUAGUGGUUCAGACUGGCAGCCUUCGUCAAGUCCGCCCCCUCAGCGCAAUACUCUGAAGCGGCGGCGCUCCUCUGCAGCCACCAGCACACCUGGACGUCCACGUGCUGCCAGAGGUGGUCGGGGGAAAGGUAAAAGAGGAAGACCACCAAGCGCACCACCAGACUCGAACACUAAGAAACGCAGGAAAAGAGUGAACACUAAAGCGAAAGUUAAGACUAAAAGGAGGAGGCGUAACUGUGACCAGACUGUGAUGCCUUCAGAAGUGCCUGAGUCUCUGCAGAAGAAGAAGUUAUCCACAGACAGCACUUUAAUAAUCGCUUCCUCUGACGACAGCGAGGACAGCGAGUACGAUUCGGAGAGAGAGACCAUGUUCGCCAACGGCAUGGAUAAUAUUUUAGAUCAGUCAGCAAGUGACUUCACUGACUCAGACUGUGAGCGUGACGUUCUGGGAACCUCGUCCUCUGUUCGGCGCAGUAAGCUGAAGCGUAAACACUCCUCUGCUACACCCGCUAACUCCGAUGCUGCGGGUGGAAAGGGAAAAUCACCCAGGUCAUCGGCCUCGUCUCAGUUCAGCCACACAGACCAGCCGUGGAGAACUGUUGAUGAUGAGGAUGUCGAGCCCGCCGCACUGGCCUUCAUGCCCAUCAGACAGCCGGGGCCGCAGCAGGAAACCAGGCAAGCUCGCACUCCACUAGAUUUCUUCAAACUCUUUUUUACCGACGCCGUGUUCAGGACUUUGUUGAAGAACACCAAUGCGUACGGUGCGAAGAAGCAGGAAGGGAGUAAAACAGCGUGGCGUGACCUCACCGUCAAUGACCUGUUCUCCUAUCUUGCAAUGGUGGUUUACAUGGGCUUAGUGAAGUGCUCUGCCAUGGUGGACUACUGGAAAGGAUCCCGACUCUACAACUUCCCAUUGCCGGCCUCCAUCAUAUCACGGAAUAAAUUCUUGAACAUUUGCCGAACUCUACACAUCAGCAGCAUUAAAGACGACGAGAAGAAUGACGCCAAGAGGGGGACGCCGGAGUAUGACCGUCUGUGCAAGAUAAAGCCGCUCUACAAUCAGAUCGUCAAAGCCUGCAAGACGCACUUCCAACCCGGUCAGCACAUUUCAAUCGAUGAGAGGAUGGUGGCGUCGAAGGCCAAAAUCUCCAUGAAGCAGUACGUCCGCAACAAGCCCAUGAAGUGGGGGUACAAGCUGUUUGUACUGGCCGAUUCCAGUUGUGGCUACACGUGGAAUUUCCAUGUGUAUGAGGGCAAGUCAUCGGUCACUGGGAAAGGGAUGAGCUACGACUCGGUGAUGUCCCUCAUGGAGUUCGAUAACCUGGGUACAGGUUAUCAUCUCUAUGUUGACAACUUCUACACCAGUACUCACCUUUUCCAGGACCUGUUGGCCAAAAAGGUCGGGGCCUGCGGCACUUUCCAUCGAAACAGAGUUGGUUUCCCCAAGAACCAGGCCAACGAUUUCACCAGGGACACCGCCAGAGGCACCAUGAGGUGGAUCAGGGACGGCGAUCUGCUUUUCGUGAAGUGGAUGGACACCCGAGAGGUCGCCAUGUGUUCCACCAUCCACAAGGCCUACAGCGGUGACGUCGUCCACAGACGAGUAAAGAGAGCGGGGAACUGGGUGAAGACCGACGUCCCUAUUCCCGCCCCAGUCAGGGAGUACAACCAACACAUGGGAGGGGUCGACUUGUCCGACGCUCUCAUUGGGUAUUACAGUGUCAUACACAAGACCAGGAAGUGGUACCGGACCUUUUUCUACCACUUCCUGGACAUAGCUGUGGUGAACGCCUACAUUCUAUAUACAAAAUGCGAGAGCGCUCCCGCCAUGACGCAGAAAGAAUUCCGGCAGGCGCUCGUCGAGGAGCUUGCCAACAAAGGCUCUGUGUCCAGCUCGAUACCUAAAAACUCCAGGUACAUCGCCCCCUGUGGCCCAAUGGCUCCACACAAGCUGCGAUACUUCACGGUCGGACAGAACAUUCCCAAACGGGACGCGAGCACCGCCGGAAGAAGGUGCUGCGUGCUCUGCCACAGGAAGACGCCGGUUCACUGCGUCACCUGUGAGGUGGCCUUGUGUUUUGUGGCACAGAGGGACUGCUUCAACACCUGGCACACACAGAAAGGUCUGUAGGUGUGAGGCAGCUUUCAGGAGGUCACACGACCUGAUGCCCCCGCCGACACAUCUACACCGGAGAGAAACCGCACAGCUGUGACGAACGCACGCCAAGGCAACGAAAUGAGCAUUGACAUGCUCACACUGGAUGAUAAAGACUUUACUGGUCUGAUCGAUGUGAAAUGAGACAUUUCCUGGACGUCGCCACUGUCGCCUCCUUCCUGCUCGAGGGAAUUUACAGACUGCAGAGCGAACCACCCGCCUCUCCGUCCACCGUCCUGCUGCAGCUGUAAUGACGGGUGUAGCCCUCAGACAUCAGACAGUGUGUUGUCUGUACAACAGUCACUGAUCUGCUGCAGCACCAGAACACUUUGCGUCAUUGCAGCAGAGAGCUGCCGUGGCGACUGGCACAGAAACAACACACAGAUUUAGUCAAGCUCAUUUCUGAGAGUUACUGAGUCAAGAAGAAACUUAAACAUUUCCUGGUUCAGUUGAAUCAGAUGAAGAUUUGCUGCUUUCCUGCUCUCAUGUACUUUUAUAUGUGCAGCACCUCGGUGCUGUCGGAAGAAUGAAACACACCUGACCUCAAAACUUUGGACUCUGGGAAACUGCAUGAGACAUUUUUCACUGUUGUAGCCGCUGAAACCAACUUUAUACUUUCCUUUUUUUAAUUCCUGUUUUCUAUAAAGAAUGAAGUGCUCUUCCCGCUACACUACAUGUUUUAGUUCUUUUUAGUAACAUUGUCAUUGUACUGUAUGUUUGAUCUGUUCUGAUAUAUAGUAGUGAUAGUUUUUAUUCAAGAAGCCAGUGUUCUCAGUGACUAACUCUGAUUCCUGACCUCGGUCUGAGAGACUGGACUUCACUGUUCGUUGGUCUUUAAGUUGUUUUAAUUUUUGAGACAAACUUGGACUAAACUUUAAGUUGUUCUAUUUUUCAGACACUGAACUUUUCUGAUCUUUUAUUCUGCAUGAAAUAUUCUUCAUGGUUUUCUCAAUAAAUCUGUCAAAGUGAA